AUGCCGGUCGUGAUUCGUGGAUCUGGGAUAAGGGAUGGAAUCUUUGGUCUGAAAGUUGGGGAACGAGGAACAGAAGGUCUAGAAGUCGAGGUUCAACGUAGUUCGAAGUAUUUUGAGAUGCCACCAUACGCAGGUGCCAAUUUGCGACCUGGAUUCUGGUGUAUCGGAAUCGGAGAGUUCAAUUUAUUGACCGAACUUCGUCUCGUUGGUUUGAAUUGAAUUCACAGACCGGAACAUGUCAUGUUCGAGGUCAAAAAGAAAAAAUCUCGGAAUCUAUUUCGUUCGAGAUAGCGAAAGCUUUGACGACAGAGUUGUAACUCCAUUUCCUAUUCGGGCUACGUCAAAGGCUUGA